UGUCGCAUGUGGCGAUUAGUAAUUAUUCUAUUUCUUGAAAUUUCCUUCAUCUUUUACUAAAAAUACAGUAAUAAUCCAAUAUUGAGACUUACUAUAAUGUCUUCAAGCGAUAAGGAAUUUUUUGGGCCGCUUACAUUGCACCAAAACGUGCAGAAACCCAGUAUUUUCAAGAGUGAUGAUAUUGUUGAAGGUGCUUGCCCUUUGUGUGAUAAAAACUACAAUUUACCCGCUGCAGAGAAGGAUUUACUAACACAUCUGUUCAUGGAACACCGCCUAGUUAUCGCCGAUGUUAACCAAAUAGCUGAUUUACCUGCAUAUAUAAAGUAUUGGAAGUCAAGAUUCAAAGAACAAUCUCUGCCAUAUUUUUGCACAACAAUGCUGCUAGACAAAAAACCAGAUGGAACAAAGUCAAAAGAUGAGGAGUACUUCCUCUUAAGUGAUGUUCUACCAGAAGACAAAGAACUCAGAUCUAAUUUACGCCAAACAAAACUUGAAAAACUGUUAGAAAGACAUGCAUUCGAAAGAGAAGAUAAAAAUUAUUCAAAAGAAUGCUUAUUUUGCAGAUAUGUAUCUAUCGGUACAAGAGCAAGUUAUCUCAAUCAUUUAUUUGAAAAACACAAUUUCCACAUUGCUAAACCAGACAAUCUUAUAUUCAUAGAUGACCUCGUUGAAUUUCUUGCAUUAAAGUUAGAAAAACUACAAUGCAUAUAUUGUGAAGGCUUGUUUAAAGAUCGGACUAUACUUAAGGAACACAUGCGGAAGAAAGGUCACAAGCGAAUCAAUCCAAGCAAUAAGGAUUAUGAUAAAUACUUUCUAGUCAAUUAUGUAGGUGAUAAACCACCAACAUACAAACAUAGGCUUACACAUACACAAAAACCGAAUACACAGAAAAGUUUAGAUGUUGACAAUGAUUCAAAUGCGGAUAGUGAUCCUGAUUGGUCAGAAUGGACAGAAGAAAAUGGUCCCGUAAUAACGUGCCUUCUCUGCGACCACACUGAAACAGAAUAUGAGGUUAUACUUGAUCACAUGGAACGAUUACACGAGUUUUCCUUCACAAAAACAACGGUUGGCAUGGACUUCUACCACAAAGUCAAAAUAGUCAAUUACAUUCGACGUCAGAUACAUUUGAAACAGUGUUUAUCGUGUGACACUAAGUUUGAUGAUCGGAAGAACUUAGAAAAACACAUAAAAGAGACAAAUCACUGGGUUUUAAGGAAGGAGAAGUGGGAUCAGCCGGAAUAUUAUUUUCCUACGUAUGAAGACGAUUUGUUUCUCUGUUUUAUACACGAUGAGGAUGAAAGUUGGUGGUCCAGUGAUGAGAAAGACGUUGAAAAUCAGAAUAGCAUGUCGGAUAAUAUAUCUAAAGAGAUGGCAAUGGCUGUGCUAAAUGAUUAGGAAUUUUUUUAUGUAUGGAGGAUUUAUGAACUCUAGUUGAAUUUUAUAAAAUAAUAAUAAUAAAUAAAUAGGUAAAUAUAAACACAUGUAAUGUGAAUUGUAACCAAUUUUUAAGACAUAAUAUGU